AUGAACAACAAUUACAUUUUGCUUUAUGGAAGUCUAUCAGGUUUUUUUUCUGAAAUUGUAGGAAACUUAUUAAAUUUUUGGACAUAUACAGGGUAUUAUCAUUCUUGUAAUCCCUUUUUGACAAACAGAUUAUUUGAGAAAUGGGAUGAGAAAAAAAAGUAAAAUAUCAAUUUGUUCAUAGAUUUAUUCGAAUUAGUUUUCUAAAAGAAUAAGGCCUCAAAAGAUUAAUAACUAAACUGUUAAAUGAUGCAAAGUGGAGCGCAAUAGCAUGGGGUUCUAGAUUUUAUAUAACAGAAAGCUUAAGGAUAAACAUAACUAAAGAAAAUUCAAAUCUUACGCAUUUAAGUUAAUUUCUACAUUCUUUUAUAUUUGGAAGCGCUGCACAACUUUGCUUCUCAUCAAUAUUAUAAAUACGGAAUUUUCUUCAAAGUAAAUCAUUCACUAGGUUCUACUUUACCUCUUGCUAAACAAUAUUUUUUGGAACAUUUAUUGGGUAUUUACUUUCUGAUUUAAAUAGAACUCAUGAUAUGCUCUAAAGGAUUUUUAAAAAGGAUGAUGACAAAAAAAUUUAAAUGGUUUAAAACUAUUGCAUUGCUUAAUUUUCAUUUUUUAUGGGUAGUUCUUCAUAUUCACUAUUAUACUAUAUUUUAAAGAAAUAAAGGUUAAAUGAAAUUUAUAUAGAACGACUAUUAUUUUCUAAAGAAGGGGCAGCUCUAUUUCUUUUGA